AUGAACUUAUACUAUUAUGACUUGGAGACGAUUGAGCGCCAUAUAUUUGUAAGAGGAUUUUAUACAAAAUAUGUUUUAUGGGAGUUCCACGGGGAAGAUAUCACAGAAAUACACGAGGAUGAAGAGAAUGCAGAAUCAAUCGUUGAGGAAGACAACACAUUAUAUGAUAGUGAUGAUGAAGAUGAUGACGAUAUGAUACCAGCAUUAGAGGAUUUAGCUAAUCAAUCUCAUAGAAAUAGUGAGUUUGUGAACCUUGGAAAUUCAAAUGGCGACAACAAUGCAAGGAAUUCAUUACCUAACUUAUUUGCUGAAGCUGAAAAGGAUUUGUACCCCGGAUGCACAGUAUUCUCGAGCUUAACAUUUAUUGUUAAUCUAAUGCACAUUAAAGUGAUGUGUGAUUGGAGUAACAAAUCAUUUGAUCUGUUGUUGGACUUACUUUGGAAAGCAUUUCCCAAAGACAAUAAGAUUCCACGGUCAUAUUACGAAGCUAAGAAGAUGUUGCGUGAUCUUGGUUUAAGAUAUGAAACCAUCCAUGUAUGUAAGGACAAUUGUGCUUUAUUUUGGAAAGAGAAUGAAAAUGCUGAAAGAUGUCCUGUAUGUGAUCAUGAACGAUACAAAUUUCAAGGAACUAAAGGCAAGAAGAUCCCAUACAAAAAGAUGCAAUAUUUUCCCAUAACUCCACGUCUACAACGACUUUUUAUAUCUCGCCAUACAUCAACUGAUAUGAGGUGGCAUAAGGAAGAACGUGUUGAUACUGAUGGUGAACUUAGACACCCAGCUGAUGCAGAAGUCUGGAAGGAUUUCGAUCGACAAUAUCCUAAUUUUGCAAAAGAAACUAGAAAUGUUAGGUUGGGAUUUGCAACAGAUGGAUUCAAUCCAUUCGGUGAUUUAUCAAAUGCACAUAGUAUGUGGCCAGUGUUGCUAAUGCCAUAUAACAUGCCUCCAUGGAAAUGUAUGAAACGAGAAUUCGUAAUGAUGGCAUUACUAAUUCCAGGACCCAGUGCUCCAGGCAAAGACAUAGAUGUCUUUUUACGACCUCUAAUUGAUGAGCUCAAGAAAUUAUGGGAAAAUGGGGUGCGAACUUUUGAUAUUGUUGACCAAGAAUAUUUUACAAUGCGUGCUGCAGUAUUAUGGACGAUUAAUGAUUUUCCAGCAUAUGGUACUGUGUCUGGGUAUAGCACACAAGGGUAUAAGGCUUGUCCUGUUUGUGAGGAAGACACAUCUUCAUUUCGAGUAAGAGGAAAAACAUGUUUCAUGGGUCAUCGUCAAUAUUUGAGUCUGAACCACCAAUGGCGCAAUGAUAAAGAGUACGAUGGCACAAUUGAAAGACGUUCGGCUCCAAGAAUUUUAACAGGAGAUGAAAUCUUGGACAAAGUAAAAGGUUUAUGGAAAUGUAGGCCAGGGAAAAAUGAUAAGAUCAUUAAGGAAGAUAAGCAACAAAUGAAGGAUGCAUCUUAUGAAAACAAAACAAACUGGAGGCGAAAAGUAUUUUGUGGGAGAAAUAUUUCUCGAAAUGUUAACAUGAAAGAUGGAAAAUUAUUUGGGUUGAAAAGCCAUGAUUGUCAUAUCUUACUGCAAAGGUUGUUACCUAUUGGUUUAAGGCCAUAUUUGAAUAAAAAGGUGAUGGAUGCAAUUGCUGAGUUAACAUUGUUCUUUAGAAAACUAUGUGCGAGGACAUUAAAUGUGAAAGACUUAGAUGAAUUGGAAGAGGGCAUUGUACUUACCUUAUGUAAAUUGGAAAGUAUUUUUCCUCCUGCUUUCUUUGAUGUGAUGAUUCAUCUUGCGGUGCAUUUGCCAUUAGAAGCUAAGUUGGGAGGUCCAGUACAAAUGUGA